CGUUCGCAUUCGCGAGUCACUUUUCUCGAUGUCAGACAGGAAAAGGGCAAAAUUAGGAUAAUUUGUCACAGAGCCUCUCGAAUUUGGUGCUGGUAGCUACGUUUUGGAGUAUUUUACUUUUCUAACUUUCUUAGUUGUCAGUUCAGACGUUCCGAUACGUUUUCAAUUUUUAAGUCAACGGCCUCCUUGUUGAAAUGUCGCUAUCCAUCAGGGAACCGUUUCCUAUCACUAACAACUUCGAGAACAAUCAAGAAAGCAGCGUGUUAAAGAAAGCAAAAAUGGAAGAUGGACAAGCAAGAGCAACUCAACAAGGGCAGAAACGUGCAGCUUUGGGCACAAUAACGAACAACGCAAUGAGAAUUCAGCCGUUCCGUGCUGCUAAACAACAGGCUGGCUUUACUGGUCCUUCGUUGUCCUUCGGUGCUGCGAAGAACGACGAAAAUGCUUUCAGUCGUGCACAACAAAAGACAUCGGCCUUCGCUGUACCAACGACUGCACAACAAAGCUUUAGCAUUCACGUAGACCAAGAGCCUGUUAUUGCAAGUUCUCAGAAUAGGGCAUUCCACUCUAGCUCUUCAGUCCCAGAAAUAAAUCCGGCCGUAACGUCGCUUUCACGCCCGGCUUUAACAAAUGUGUUCGUUGCAAACGGAGCAAGAACUGAAGGGGAUUCACCCAUGGUUAUAGAUUCUAGCGAUGACGAGGACUUUGAAUGCACGAAAGAAACAACGCCAGAAAUACACGACAUCGACACUGGCAACGACAUUUUUGGUGUCACAGAAUAUGCUUCGGAGAUCUACCAAUAUUUGAAGAAGUCUGAGACUAUGUAAAUAUUUACUGCUUUCUGAAAGGGAGGCUUUUAUUAGGAAACAAUUACCUUUACAUCUCCACCCAGUUGUUUAAACAUUAGUCUUGAAGAUGUUUUCACAAGCAAAUUGCAAGAUCUGUUAUCUAAUGGACUGUACUGUACCUUGAUAUCAGUUAUUUUUUUAACUUCUCAGUAUUACAAAGCUGUACAGACGUAUUUACCUUUGAUUCACUUCUUAUAUCUUCUUGGCCAUAUGUUUUUAUCUUGUGAGCUGCGUUGGAUGUAUUAAUUAUGCUGGCUUUACUUUUUUUUUUAGUUGUUAUGGAAAUUUUCUAACAAAAAAUUUAAAAACUAUAAUCAUCCUAUUCAAAUAAUAAUCAAGAUUACCUGUAGUUAGAAAUGUGAUCAUUUUAGUAAUAACAGGGAUUUUACUAUGUUUAUUAACUAACCCCAAUUGUAAAAUAUGUAAAAUAAAAAACCUGUCAAAAAAAACUUAUGUUGAAUUUGUUAGUGCUGGAAAUCUGUUUCCAAACCAAGUGCAAAGAUAAAAA